GCAAGAGAUUGAUGUUAAAAGGCACAUGGCAGGGAAAUGUGGCAAGCUGUGGGAAACCUUGAACACCCACAGUGACCCAUUUGCCCCAAAGUGUUGCAAGCCGCAGUAAUGCACAAGAACCCGUGUCUAGAGCCAGCUGGUUUGUUCUCAUUGCCUUAGCAGGGUGGGAAUGGGAGGUUCAUCAGCAGUGAAGUGUGCAUGGAGAAACAGUAAGUGGGACUCUGAUAAUAUAAGGCAGAUCUAGGGGAUUUUGUUUGAAAGCUGACUACCUGACAGUUUGCAGAAUCUGUCUUAAAAAUCCUGCAUGAUAACAGCAGCGACAACGAAAUAGACUCUGUUUAUUCUAAAAUUCUGCUGCUUGUCGAUAACCAGCCAUAGCAGCAUUUGCAGCUCCUGUGGCUGCGCAGAGCACUUGCCCAAGGCUCUCCAGUGCUCACUGGUGGCGGUGCUUUUAGGAGCAAUCUGAGAUUGGAGGCCUCCCAGAAGAUACAGUGGGUUUACGUGGAGGUAUUUUGGAAAGGAUGCUCCUGACCUUGGAGAUACUUUGUUUCUUUGCAGGUGGCUGAAAGCUACUGUUUGUAUUACAGAGUUUUGCGACCUUGUUGCUGUGCUCCUCUUCCAGCCCGGUACUCAUCUCACCCAAAAGCGCAGCCCUGCGGCCUGCCUUUGGGAGGGAGCACCAUGUUCAGUGCUAUAAGUGCCUGGAGUUCAGGGAUCCCAGAGCCUGACUGCUCCAUGUACAGCGUGGAAACCCCAACCAAACAGCAGGGGGAAGGGCAUGCUGGGGUUCGGUUGGGUGAUGUCUGCAUCGCCUUCCAUGGAGGUCUUGCCAGGAUGGGGUACGUUGCUGAGAAGGCAGAUGUUUGCUUUCUGCUUCACCCACUGAGUCCAGGUGCUGCUCAGGGGCUUCUCUGUUGGUGGAACAGUUCUGUUUUAUCGCCAAGUAGUGGCAUGGACGUGAGCUUUCUUCUCUGGUGCACUUUGCAAAUCAUGAAAAGAUGUAAGCAAACAGGUGAAGGAAUGCACAAGUAGCCACUUGGCAGCCAGGAAUUUCAUUUCCAUCCAGUUCUCACUGGAUGAGUGCUGCUCCUUCACUUACUGAAGUGCAGCCUCCGCCUGCUGGCCCUGGCAUCUGAGAAGAGCCCAAGUCCCACCUAGCAGUGGGCUUCACAUUGUAAUUCUUUUUUUUUUUUUUUUUUUUAAUGGCCACACCACUGCUGAAUAUUUGUUGUAGUUGUUGAUUUUUGCUAAUACAAACAUUACACCUUUUUAAUCAUUAGCAUUUCAGAACAAGAAGUUUACUUAUCAUUUAUGUGACCUUUUCUGACCAGCCAAAGUGCCAUGAACUCCAAGGUCAAGCCUUUAUCUUCAGCGCUGCCUCUCUGCUCUCGUGUUACGACACAGUCUUUGCUAACAAAGAGUUCCUUCUUCUUUCGAGUGUAGAUACAUGUGAAACUAAAGCUAUGGUUUCUCAAGCAUUUUGAGCUCGUAGAAAUGAAGGCGGCUUUUUUGUUUGCUUUUCUUAUUGAAAAAAAGGAAAUUCUUCCUGCUGGGUGGAGGCCCAAGUGCCAGAUCUGGGAGGUGAUAUGCCCGAGAACAGAGAGGUUUUGGGGAGCAGUGUUCAGAUAGAUAACACAUCCCUUGGUCGGAGUCUCUGUGACACUGUGUGGGCAGCCGUACGCUGGUGCCAGGGAAAGGGCUGAGCAGUGCAGCAAGGUGCAGGACAGGACUGCGCUGUCCCAUUGUUGUCCCCCUGCCAGGAGAACUUCUCAGCCCUGCUCUGUCCCUCACUCCCAUGCCAAACCUUUGAGUCAGCAUGGAGCGCUCACACCGAGAUAUAUGGAACUCAUCUGGCAAUAAAUAUCCCCUUUCGAAAAUGUUGCACUUUGUUUUUUUCCAGGGUGUGCCCAGCCUUGUGGCAAACAGUGGGUGUAUGUGUUUAUUAACUGGGUUUGGAGAUGGGAAGCAAAACAGGUGACCCAGAGCACAGCUCCUGGUUUAAAAGCAGUGGUGUGUUUUCUGGUGUUCAGGUUUGUGCCUUGAAGGAGUCAAGAGUGUUACAGCUGCUUAUUUUGUAUCAUUUUGUUCUUCACUCUUUUACAAAACAAAUUAUAGUCAAAUAGAUCUGCCUACGUAAAGAGUUCUCAGUGUUCUUUAAAAUGCAUUUCUAGGAAAUACUUUUUAAAAUUUUGUAUGCAAGCCUCUGAUAAAUAGCUUAGUAGAAACCUAUACUCAACUGUAUCAAAAUGCAUACAAUGAGAAUAGCAUACGUGUGAAUAACUUACCGGAACAUCAAGUUUAGAGCAAUUUAAAUGAGAGCUAAUAAACUACAGCCAUUCUUUCCAAUGUGACGUAUAAAUACCUGGCUGUUAAAAUAGCAGCUAUUUCUCAUGGUAAGAGAGGCUCCAAAGCAGAUGCUAACGUCAGCGCGUGUGCAGGAGGUGCUCAGUGUGUCUCUAUAAUACCCAUGUUACAUUGAUUUAAUUAGUGGUUUUAUGCUAUUUAUCACUCCGCUAAUCUUGGUGGGAAGGUUUUGUUGGGGGAGGAUUAGUUAUUUAAUCUGCAUUUUUUAUCGGAAUGUUUUUGUAGUUCAGUGUUAUCUAAAGGAAAAUAGUGCAUUUCCUCAGUUGUUGUUUGUAUUGUGUUUGUUUGUUUUUAGGAGAAAAUGUUUCUCUUGAAUUACUGAUGGAUUUAGGCGCCCAAAAUUUUAGAUUCAUUGGGAUGUGAUAAAUGUUUAUAAUAUCUAAAGGGAGGUGGGAUGCAGAUGGAUGAGGCCAGGCUCUUCUUGGUGGUGUGUAGCGAUAGGACAAGGAGAAUAGCCUAAAACUUGUACAUAGGAAGCUCUGUACUAAGAUGUGGAAGAACUUUUUUAUGGUAAGGGUGACAGAGCACUGGAACAGGCUGCCCAGAAAGGUUGUGGAGUCUCCUUCUGCGGAGUUAUUCAUGACCCAUCUGAACACCUACCUGUGCGACCCAUUGUAGGGUAUCUGCUUUAUCAGGGGGUUGGACUCGAUGAUCUCCUGAGGUCCCUUCCAACCUCUGCAGUGCUGUGAUAAUGUAAAGAUCCUGUUUGUUACGCAGUCUGGCACGUAGGUGUUCUUGCUCUGUAACUUCAUCACAUGCCAUUAAUCUAGAAAAUUGCUGCAUGUAGACAAGCCCUCAGAGCAUGAGAUCUGUGAGACUGAAGCGGGUACGUGCUGGAUAUUUUUGUGUUGGAACUGGCACCUCAAUGUGUGACUUCUGCGCGAAGCAGCACUGUGGCAUCCUGAGCGUCAGUGCCUGAGAAGGGGAGGGCAGUUCAGGCACACGGCUCUGCUCACAGCCUGAGCCUGAUGUGCGGGCAAGUGGAAGCCUCCUCACCAGGGCAGGGGGAAACAGGCUAGGGGCUGAAAAGGGCCUGCCUGUGUGAAGGCUGCCUGGUUGCCACUCUAGCUGCUGGUCGCACGCUCCUGGCUCGAAGACGGCAGGUGUCUGAAGCGGCUCGGACCUGCGGGGACAGCCUGGCCCCACCACGGAUGCUGUGAACCAGGAGCUGGCCAAAGUGGGAGAGCUGCCGUAUCCCUUCCGACAGAGUGCCUACCAGAGUGCGUGCAGAAGGAUGGCUGCAGCAGAACCUCUGACCGCUUUCUCCCGAUGGUACCUCUAUGCCAUUCAUGGCUAUUUCUGUGAGGUGAUGUUCACAGCUGCCUGGGAGUUUGUGGUCAACUUUAACUGGAAGUUCCCAGGUGUUACCAGUGUGUGGGCACUCUUCAUCUAUGGCACCUCCAUCCUCAUCGUGGAGAAGAUGUAUCUGUAUCUCAAAGACAAGUGUCACAUUUUAGUACGUUGCUUCAUUUACACCCUUUGGACGUAUCUCUGGGAGUUCACCACUGGCCUCAUCCUACGCCAGUUCAAUGCCUGCCCAUGGGAUUAUUCCCAGUUUGAUUUUGACUUCAUGGGCCUGAUCACCCUGGAGUAUGCCAUCCCAUGGUUUUGUGCUUCUUUCAUCAUGGAACAGCUGGUGAUCAGGAACACCCUGCGCUUACGAUUUGAUGAGACUGCCGAGCCAGGGGCUCCCACUGUCCCUGUUGCCUUGGCCAAUGGCCAUGUGAAGACAGAUUGAACCAUGACUUGGAAUCACACUUAGCAAUUUGAGAGAGCCCAGACCUCUACUACAGGCUGUUGGCUCUGGCUUCGAGGUACUGCUCCUUGCUGUAUGAUAAGAUUAAUAAACCCCAUUUUUCUAAUGGGGGUAUGCAUGGGAUAUACCAGAAAAAAAUGGAACCAAUAGAUUUUCUAUGGAUUUUACUCUUUGGGCUCCAAGGACCAGUAUCAGUUACUUGUUAGUUAGGUCAUUUCUGAUUUUAACUUAUUACAGAUGAAAGCUGUCCUUUUGCUUACACUUGUGUGUAGAGAAAGAAGAAGGAGGAAAAAAAUGCUACAAUGGAAAAACAUUCAAAAAGGAAAAAUGUAAUCAUUGGAUGGUCAUGGACACGCCAGCUAAGUUAGUGAUUGGCUUACUCCAUUAGGCAAUAUUCAGGUGCUUGCUUGCAACCAAUACCUCCUGUGGGACCUGAGAUGCUGCAGGAACAAGGAAAACCCAUCUGCUAUGGAGAAGAAUCUAAGGCUGGCAGUCUGCUGGGGAGGUAGAUGGUGUUCCCCUCUUGAGGUCCCACUGGCCUACCGUGAGGUUCUUUGUUGCACCACAGUAUAAUCUGGUGCUGGACAUCUUGCUGAAUUUAUACAAAUCUUAUACUUUUUGAAAUCUCAGUCCUGAUACUAGAUUUUUUUUUUUUUUAAGAAAAAGCCUUUUUUUGCUGAGUGAAUUUUACCAUAAUGUGUGCAAUCUGAAUCUUGGCAAAAGGCACUAGAAAUACAAAAGUCUUCCCAUCUCCUCUGUCCCCCCAAAGCAGAACUUGCCUGAAGGGCUGCUGCGGAUUCCAGCUCUCAUCCCAACCAUGCAAACCUUGUAGAGCCUAUACAUGCUACAAGAGUUUUCUGCCUUCCUUCACAGGGAUUCCUCUGUUUCUGGUGAUGCUGAUGACUUAAUCUAUCUGCAACCCAUUGUACUUGACCGAAGGUCAAAAUCUUCAUGUGGCUGAAGUGGUACCCAGCAUUCAGUCCUUCUGUCAGCACUGGCAGCCCAGUGCUCUAAUCAGUAUUUCAGGAGGAUUUGCUUUUCCUCCCCAAACUCUAUUCUAAAUAAUCACAGCAAAGCUUUCCCAUGAGAAUAACUGGAGGCAGCAAGAGGUAUGCCAUUCUGUUUGAUAUAGGGAGACACAUCAUGUCUAAAAACAAACACAGUUCUCCCUGAAGAGUACUUCUUCAUAGUUUGAGCAAGGUUUUGGGUUCUGGUGUGAGAUCCACAGUAGAGAGCUGUAGGAGCAGGGAGUGCUGUGGCUCCAUUUUGGCAGUUUGAAGUUUAAGCUCUUGGGAGCACUUACGGAGUUUGGGAAAUGUUGUAGAACAGGGAAGGUGCCUGAUACUGGCUACCACAGGUUAAAUAAUGUGUUUCAGUAAGCCUUGGCUGUCAGAGUUAGCCACAAAAGUGGAAUUUCCUUCUGUCAGAAGUAUCAUGUUCCUGACAGCUUUACCAGGCAGGUUUGCUGUAGUUGCCUCAUAGGGCAGAUUAAUUUGGGGUGUUCCUCCACUGUAAUCAGCAGAGCUGCAGAAAGGAUGAAUUUGGCUUGAAACACACGUGUUUGUGUGGUUGUAGGGUUCCACUAUUGCACUGGAAGUAGCCAGGUUAUUUCUGUGCUGCUCCUCUGUCUGUGGUAGUGCUCAGCUGUGAACCUGCUCCUUGUCCUGGGGAAUCCACUCCCAAGAGGAGAAGCACUCCUAGCCCUGUGAAGGGAAUUAUUGGCUGGUUCCGCCCUUACAAAGCCAGUGUUAAUCCUUUCUGUGUUGCACCGAGUGCAAUUAUUUUAUUCCUCUCCUUCCCCCUUCUCACAUGACAUCCAUUGCUGGCAAUGGACACAAACCAAUGGCGUCAAGGAGUUAAUCACAUCUGCCCUGGGGUACACAGUGUCUCCUGAAGCGCUCAGAAUGUUUAGGUGGGUAUUUAGGGUUUCCUUUUUAUAGAUCAUUAAAUUAAGAGAGCAAACGCUGAGCAGAUAUAUAUAUUUUUUCGUUGCUGUGAUGCCAGUAUUAUGAAACCAGAGAAGCACUAUGUUGUUUGUCAGUCCUGAUGGUCUCACAUGUGUAGACCCAGGCAAAAUAGUCAACUUGUGUAGUGCAGGGGGACAAAAAGAGAUGAGCUUUGGUGAAUUAGAACAAGAACUGCAAGGUGUAGGUAAGAGCUGGGAUUUCAUUCCGCAUCUGGAGGCACUCAAGGCCAGGCUGGAUGCACCCCGGGCAGCCCGAUCUGGUGGGUGGCAGCCCUGCCCAUGUCAGGGGGUAGGAGCUAGAUGAUCUAUAAGGUCUCUUCCAACCUAAGCCAUUCUAUGAUCCUGUGAUGUCCCCGCUUUGGCCCUAGUCCUGUCAGAGUCAUGCAGUACCCAGAGCUGGGCUGUCCUCUCUCAGCACAGUGUGGCUGUGGUGUGAUGCUGCAUCUUAUCCCCCCGCACCAUCUGAAACCCUCAGCUUCAUAGAAGCAUCCCUAGGAUCCCCGCUUUCUCCUUAGCUGCUACAAAACUCUUAAAAAUGUCAAAAGGAGUUAGCAGCAUCAUCUGGUGACUCCAUAUCAGCUGCAGGUGGGACUAAAGGAGGAAGAGUUCACAGAACUAACUUGGUGCGCAGCCAUGUGUCGUGACUGCAGAAGCUCCCCACCGAAUGGCACAGUUCUUGCAUGGUGAUGUAAUAUUUAGGUGCUCAGACUAUGGAGGGAUUUCCCAGCAGCAUACAACAUCUUAUUCUGUUAUCCUCAUUGCCUAUUCCAUUGUAACCAUUACUCUGGUUUGCUUUCCAGCGAUAUCUGAUGUGUACCACCUAGAUACUGCAUAGUCACUUAGUGACUUGUAACUUACACCCAGAAGUGCACUUUAUUUGCAGUUUGAACACCAGAAACAGGAAGGGACCCAACAAAUUAUUGAGCAAUUUCAAAUAAUUCCCUGGACAACAAAUGUUAUUGCAGGGUUUGCUUUAAUACCAUAUACCUAACACAGCAGGGUUAGCUAGACUUCUUGCUAAGCAAUGUGGCUUUGUCUCUUCUGCAAAAUCUCUCUUUUUAAUACAUGUGAUGCUUCUUACAACAUCUUACAGGAGAAGUGCCCAGAGCACGUUACCGGGGUGUUGGUGGCAGCUCAGCGUGAACUCAGGAGCUGGACUGAAGUGGUAGAGACACUUCCGUUAUGAAGGAAAAAAAAAAACGCACAAGGCCUAACCAUUUGUUUGUAUGUGUAUCUUCCUUGGUAGAUUAAAGUUGCCUGUUUUGAGUUCACCAGCAAUAAAAAAAACUUGUGAUUUAUCCACCUUGUCCUAACUCUGCAGCAAGAAGGAGAGGGGAGCCCUGUGCUGCUUUUUGAGGGGGGUGGGGAAUGGGAGCGGUGGGUUUUGGGCUCCAAGUACCUCAACGUUCUGCUUUUGCCUCCCUUGCAUUGCUUAUCCCUCACGCUGUCCACCCUAAGGGGUGUACACGUACAUGAUAAAAUACAGUUCUGUGUCCUCGGCACAAGGAGCAGUUCAAGCACUGUCGUGAUCAUGUCUGUGCAUAUUGCAGUGAUCUUGCCAGAGGGAAACAGUUGGUUCGAAGCAGGACUAGACCACGUUGUUAUCUUGGCAUUAUAAUUGAGAGAAAUGUGUACAUAUGUACCAGGUAUAAUUAUGCCUUUGGUCUGAGCGCAUUUUCUAAUUAAAGCAGAAUAAUUGAAUCAA